CUCCCAAUAUGAAUGAGCGCGAGCAGCGACAAGGGGGGCAGCGCACUCGUCAGAGAGAGCAGCGAGGACACGCACUCAUCAGAGAGGCUGGAGUGCAGGUACUCAAUCAAUCAGCAGAAAAGGCAUCACUGCACGGGACAGAGGCCUCUGAGUGCUGCUGGACUAAUGGGUGGGGGCACUCAUCAGACUUCGGUAGAAGGGCGCGGAGCCAGCGGAGUGUACACCUGGGAGGAAGUGCAGAAGCACAGCCAGCGAGGUGACCAGUGGGUGGUGAUCGAACGGAAGGUGUACAAUGUCAGCAACUGGGUUAAGAGACAUCCAGGAGGCCACAGAGUUAUCACUCAUUAUGCUGGAGAGGAUGCAUCGGACGCAUUUAUGGCCUUUCAUCCUGAUCAGACGUUCGUACGCAAGUUUCUGAAGCCACUGCUGGUUGGAGAGUUGGCUCCUUCUGAACCCAGUCAGGACCAUAAGAAAAAUGCUGCCCUAGUGAAUGAUUUCCGGGCCUUGCGGGACCAGUUUAAAGCAGAGGGUUUGUUCCGCACUAGUCCCCUGUUCUUCUGCCUACACCUCGGGCACAUUCUACUCUUGGAGGCAUUGCCUUUGGCACUGCUGUGGUACUGGGGCAAUGGCUGGAUUAACACAAUUCUAUGUAUUUUCAUACUGGCCACUGCACAGUCUCAGGCUGGCUGGCUGCAGCAUGAUUUUGGCCAUCUGUCAGUCUUCAAAAGGUCCAGGUGGGAUCAUCUAUUGCACAAAUUUGUCAUCGGACACCUGAAGGGGGCCUCUGCACACUGGUGGAACCAUCGUCACUUUCAGCACCAUGCUAAGCCCAAUGUAUUCAAAAAGGACCCUGACAUCAACAUGCUGAAUAUCCUCGUACUGGGGAAUGUACAGCCCGUGGAGUAUGGGAUUAAAAAGUUGAAACACCUGCCGUACAACCAUCAGCACCAGUACUUCUUCCUGAUUGGUCCUCCUCUGCUUAUCCCAGUGUACUUUAACAUUCACAUUUUUCAGACAAUGAUUCAGCAACGGGAUUGGGUGGACUUUGCAUGGUAUCUGUCCUACUACAUACGCUACUUGUCAUGUUUUGUCCCCUUUUAUGGAGUCUUUGGAUCAUUUGCACUUCUCAUGUGUGUGAGAUUCAUAGAGAGUCACUGGUUUGUGUGGGUGACCCAGAUGAACCACCUCUCCAUGGAUGUCGACUAUGAAAAACAUGAUGACUGGCUCAGCAUGCAGCUGAAAGCCACCUGUAACAUUGAGCAGUCAUUCUUCAAUGAUUGGUUUAGCGGCCACCUUAACUUCCAGAUUGAGCAUCACCUCUUUCCUAUGAUGCCUCGCCAUAACUACAUCCAUGCGGCUCCUCGAGUGAAAGAGCUGUGCAAGAAGUAUGGAAUUCACUACGAAGUCAAAGGCCUGUGGGAGGCAUGGUGUGACAUCAUCAGGUCCUUGAGGAAGUCUGGAGAGCUGUGGCUGGACGCAUACCUCCACAAAUAAUCAGACCCAAGGAGACCAAUUUUAUGACUAUUAGGAUUGUCCAUAGCAAAGAAGCCUUAAUUCACUUCAAAUAAUGUCUCUGUUGUGCAUUGUCAGAUUGUCUCAGUGUCUCCUUCCUCCUCUGCCAUCUAUGCUGGAACUGAAGCGUAAUUAUGGUGCUUUAGCUGUAACUGCUGUAGCUGAAUUGGGACCAUAAACCUCAUCUGAACCAGAGAUCGCUAUUAUAAAUAGCUUUUCAGUGCUGCAGCCAAUAUCACACAGACACAACUGCAGUUUCAAUGCUGGAUUUUACAACUGUUAUAACUGUGCUCAGAGAUUUUCACAAUUUUUCAAUAGUAUCUUUCUGACUUUCUCAUAAAUAGCUUUCCUAAAUGAUGUUUGAAACGAGACUAUCAGAGUAAAAUUAGGUGAGGUAACACCUUUAAUGGGAGAUUUAGUAUAAUUACUGAUCAAUUUUGACUUAUUACAUAUGAAAGAAUCUUUGUUUUGUCUUUGCUUUCUUGACCAGUCAUCAAAUAAAGUACUCUCAUUAUUUGGUUCAUUUCCAGUCAAAAAUGUGAUUGAGUAGCAGUUAUUCAUUUUUCAGCAUCAAGAAAAAAACAUAUUUAACAGAAAAUUACACAGAGUGUGUCCGCUCUGUCUUAAUUGUAGCUUCCAUUCUUUUUAAGAGACUUUCUUUCAGCUUUUCAAAGAAAUCUGCAGGGAAAGUUGUCUUAGACGUUGGUUGCAUUUUCUGUUUUUCAUAAUCCAAAUAAAUAACACAUUCAGUGAUGUUGAAGCCUAGACUCUGGAGUCACUUUUUCUGAGAACACCAGCGGCUUCUUUGUUUGAUCUGCAUAUUUUCUGAUUCCUUUUCCCAGUAACAGCUACUCGACAGCUACACAUCCUUUCAGACUCAUUGUGUUGUCAUCUCACAGUGGAAGGAUGAACAGAAACACCUGUGGAUAUUUUCAGAUCUGAACUAAGAAUGGAGCUUGAUUUUCUCCUCUCUCUCAAAGAUCAAAGCUUUGAGUGCUGUGUAUCUGAUGGUGAAUUUUUUGGUAGCUUACCAGGUCUAGUAGCUUACCUUGUUAGGAGUCCCAUUUUCUGGACUUCUGGGUGUUUUUUUCACUUAUUUUCAUUUGACUGUCCCUCCCACAUUUGGAUUAUCCCAUAUCCAAUCACUUCAUAAAUAUCUCCUGAAAAAUUAGUAACUUGUAUUCAAAGGCCAUUUUGAUUGGAACUUGAAUAAUUAAAGGAUGGUCUCUGACUUUUGCACAGUACUGUGUCUGUAAAUUUCAGAAAGAGAUAUUUGGAAUGGAAAGUACAAACCCUAUUUGAUUUCCUGGCACAAUAUUCAGUGUCACACUGGCCAUUACACUUACACGGUAAAAUAAAACAGAGCUUAUAAAAAAGGGCUCUUUUUUAUAGGCCUUAUAUAAAUAGUCUCUAAGGUCUAUAACAACAAAUAACAGAAACACAUAUUUCAUAAUGAAACCAUCAACUGACUUUAUUAUGUUCUUGCGUCAUUCCUUCGUGACAAAAAUCAGCACUUGAACAUGCAUCUUUAGACGGGAUUAGGAGCGUAUUUACAUAGAAACCCUUGUUUUUUAAAAUGAAAUGGCAUUUGAAUGUGUUGAAAAGCCCAUUAGCCAAAGACUUGUAACCACAUAUACAAUUGCUCCUUUAAA